AUGUUUGCAUAUAUCGACAUGCUGAUCCCUGAAGAGCCAUCGCCUUGGAGUUGCGAGCUUCAGGCUGACGUCUGUCGUCUAAUGCCGGAGGAAGAAUCACCGUGGUCCACAGGGGAUCUGGACCGGACGGAGUUGCGUCGACACCUGACCCGCGUAUUCAAACUUAGAUUGACCUGCAGCAUCGAACUGUCAAGGCGACGGCACGAAGACUACCGCGUCAGCUGGCCCCGGCUCUUGACGCCCCAUGUGCGCAUAGAAGCUCGACGGCGGCAACGGGUUCCUGUCGGUGUCGGUGGCGCCGCCGACAACGAAACCAAGGAACAUAAAGUCUGCCUGGCGCUCACGCGCCCAAUCGAGCGAAGAACAUCAGCUGGUCCCGAUUUGCAUCCAAAAUUGCCCGGACCACUUCUUCCGUAUUCAUGA